ACUGUUAAUGUUUUGUGUUAAUUGUGUUUCAAAAAGUAAAUGUUGUCCAUACUUAAAAGAUAACAUCAGAGUCAAAGUACUGUAUUUAAGUGGCAUUUCUCUAGCAAAUUAUUGCAAGUGACUAUAAAAAUAUAAAUGUAAAACAAAAUAACCAAGACAGCAUCAUUGGGACAAAAAGAAGUCAGGAGGCGUUGCCAAUCAGCAUCAGUACGUCAACUUCUGUAAGACUUUAUGUCACAAGCCUUUAAGCAAAAAUAAUUAGUGAUGUAGAGUACAAAAAAAAAACAUAAAUAAUAGCAAAUUAUGUUUAAAUAAAUUUUCCGAAUUGUUUAAGACCACAUUAAAAGAUGUACGAUUCACAAUUACUAAGUCGUGUAAAAUACUGGCUUACAGAAGCAAAACAUGACUGUUUCUUUGUCCUUGGCUUUGAUAGUGGCCCAAAGGAGAGGAUUGGAGCUAUUAGAGAGAUUUUAAAGGGUUGUAGUACACCUUUAAGAUCCAUGCUAGGCGAUGGUGAAAUGGCUGAAAAAGGAGAUGUCCGAGUGACUGAUGUGGAACCAGAAACAUUCAGAAACUUUUUAAAAUGUAUCUAUGGAGCAAGUCAUCUAUUAAUACCUAAGCUCACUUUUGAGGAUAAGGCAAAACUUCUCUAUGUUUAUGAAAAGUACUUGGUAGAUGAUUUAAAGUAUGAACUGAUUAAAGAUAUGGUAGAAACACUUUCACUUGAUAACAUAUUAAUUGCUAUUUCCCACCCAGUCUGUCAUGUAACACCAAGUCUCGAGAGCAAAAUGACUUCAAUUGUGAUCUAUAAUCUAGAAAGAUUAGUAAGUGAUGCUAGAUUUUUGAAGGUGAACAACAGUGGAAUAAAGUGGAUACUACAAUUGAACCAUAUUCCAGUCGAAGAAAUUGAACUUUGGAAUGCAGUUUUGAAAUGGGCCAAAUCGAAAACAAAUUCAGUGGAAGGAAACGUUCUUCGUCAAUACAUUUUUGACCUUUUAAAAUACAUUCGUUUUUUGACAAUGAAAAACAAUGAAUUCUGGAAUGGGGUUGUUUCUACAGAAAUUCUUAACAAAGAAGAAAUAAAUGCUAUCUGCAGUUCGUUAGUAUCAGGUAAACUCCAUGGCUUUAAGUACUUGAGUCAAAUUAGAAGAAAUCGCUACGACAAAAUUCCUGCAUCCCAAUGUAUAAAAAGUUGUCUUAUAGAACAUCCCCAGUAUCCUUACAAACCUCAUUUUGCACAUUUCCACUUCUCUAUCAGUUUGGCAAACUUUAUUGAGGCAAGGAAUCAAGCAUGGUCCCAAACUCAUCCCUGGGCUGGGCAUUUUUGGUGCCUCAGUGUUGGUAGACGUGAGGUUGAACAGAAUGACUAUUUGCAAGUAUUUGUUUAUUGUAAUGGCAAAACUGAACAAUUUAACUGUAAUGUUGAUGGUGAAAUAAGUCUCAUAAAUCAGUGUGGAAAAUCUGACGUAACCCGUAAGCUUACUUAUGUGUUUAGCUUAACAGAGUUUAACCAAGGGUAUAGACAAUUUUAUAAGUGGGAUGCUCUACUCAAUGAAGAUAACGGAUUUGUUAAAGACAACGGUGUUAUUGUAGUUGUUAAACUUCAACAAGUUGAAUCAACUAGUUCUAGUUGGACAUUGACACAGGUUAAUGAGAGUAAAUGAACAUUUAUUCCUUUGCUUUAUAUCUUGCCCUGAUUAAGGACCAUCCCAUGUACAGUAGAACCUCUUUAAUCUGGACCUCCGUUACGUACGUCCAAUAAUCCUAAUGCCUCAUUUCUAUACUCUGUACACAGUGCAGAAGUUCUUAAUUGUAUACUGUAUUUAUUGAUAUACACAACGUCAUUGUUUCUAUUGUAAUGUACAGUACUUUUUAUUCACUAUGUUUUCUACUGUAUUACAUAAACACUGUAGUUUACUUUAUAAAGUACUUUUCACUUUUCCGGUAACAAUUACGAUCCAUUUUAAUCACGUUUUAGCUAUUGUUAUAUCCGAACUAUUCAAUAGUCCGAACUACCCCCAGUCACAAUUAGUUCGGAUUAAAGAUGUUCUACUCUAAUUGAAUCUACAAUUAAAUUUUGGCAACAACCCAAGUUGCUCCAACUGGUGAUCAUUACUGGUUAUUUUUAUUGAAAUUUUCUAUGAAAAAAAUUUCUUUCUUUGUUGAUUGAUAAUGUAUUGUAAUUCAAUGUAUUAGUGGUCAGUGUCCCUAACACUAUUGUUCAAAGCUAACAUGUAAAUUUGCAGUGUGUUUUUAAACCAAACACAAAGAUUGAUUUUCUUAACUCUAAAUGGUGUCAGUUACCAAAAUAUGUUUUCUUACUCGUAUAUACUUGUGUGUAUGUACUUGUUUAAAGUUUAUAGUUGUAAGAAAGUGUUAUGGUGUUUCAAGACCUUGAACCUGAUGUGUUCUAUAUGUUGUUAGAGGUGUAGAGGUAAACAAGAUGAGGAUAAGAAAAGGAUUGAGCUGGGAAGUUCCAAUUUGUGUACUAAUUUUCUUAACUUCUAACACAUAAUAAAUAUUAGCGCUCUGUAGUUCUGGAUCCCACCAUACCUGAAAAUGGGGAUUUCAUAUCAUAAAAUGCCGUAAAACUAUUGCUAAGUUGUGUUGAAUUAGAUAGUGACAAAAAUAACACCUAUUGUUUUUAUUAAAUUGUUUUACAUUUGUAAUAUAAACUACAGUUUGUUGGGUGAAUGUAUGUAUUUUUUAGUAAUAAAUUUACUGUUUAAAAGUAGCAUACAAUACUGUAAUUUUAUAUAGCUGUAACCAUACAUUAAGGGUCAACCGUUUAAAGAUAUCAUUGUCUAGUAAAAUCAUUCUCUUUUUGAGUGUAAUAGUUUCUCGACCUUGAACAUUUUAAAUGAGCUUUGUGAAACAGCCCACUUAGACUCAGAUACUACAAUUAAUUGGUUUUGUCUUUUUAAUGAAUAGUAACGUAUUAGAUCACAGACAGUAAAAUAUUCACCUUUAUUAUAAUUUUAUUUUUUGGUUAGUAUAUUGAUCAAGAAUAGACAAACCACAUAAGAAUAUCCGCAUUCAAAGAUAAUUAACUAUUUCACAAUGAACAAUAAACCAAAUAUUAUUUUGCUUGUGUGGUAAUUAUUAGUUGAACGAUGACCUUCAAUUUACGAAUUUCUAUUUGAUGAUGUAACAGGGAAAAUGUUUCCAUAGAUAGUUUUUUGUAAACUCACUGUCGUCAACUUUAAAAGCUUGCGUGAUAAACAGAAGGAGCGAAAGUUAGUCUCUAAGGUCAGAUGAUUAUUUCAGUUGGAGUAGUGUGUCAAGUGGUUUUGGAAAUGUUUAAUACAUUCCUACCAUAGAGUACGUCCUAUAAUCUGUGACUUGAUGGCAUAAUAACCUAGACUGACAUAGUUUAAUGUUGGCAAUACUGUGGACACUUAACCUGGUAAUGUUCUCUGUGCAUCUGUCAAACAAUAAAUCUUCGUACUGCGAGUUUGUAUAACGUUUGCAUUUAAAUAAAAUAUAUGCAUUUUAAGCCUUGUGAAUUGUUUUUCAAAUUUAUUUAUUACUGUUUAUAUAUAGUAGCAAGAAUAAAUAACAUUGCAACAUGUCGAAAAUACGUGUUUGUCUAUCAGGCCUCUUUAAUUUUAAGUUAAGACCAUUUUAAAGUGUUAAAUGUUAUUGUAAUGAUCGGUUAUAUUAAAACGAUGAGUUCGAAAAAUUUGUGAAAAAAAGAAUACUUAUCUUUUUUCGUAACGUUUACCUUAAGAGUUUACCUCUUUACUUUGAAUGUGUUUUACACUCUAAAGAACUUUCCCCACCACAACGCAGUACGAAAGAUUAGUUUCAGCCCUCAAGUAGCAAAAUUCCUCUAAUCGUAUUUGCCCUUAAAGUAGGUUAUUUACAGGAACUAGGAGUAAAUAACACAUUUUGCUGACCGGCAAAUUUAUGCCACCUAUUGCGUCGUUGAAGGAGGCAGUCCCCCAUCAGAUACGAAUAUCAUGACCAACUAAACUGUUACUGUAGGGACAGCAAUUGGAAUUGUUAUUCUGCUGUGAAGAAUAUUGUUUUACCACACUAUUUAGUGAAUUAAAAUGUAU